ACAGCCAAGGGGCAAGGCCACGGCCCACUGUAUUUAAGGCCAGAGGCUCUGCCCCCAGGCACGGCCUUCCCACCGGGAGCACACUCCAGUGGAAGAGCCCAGAGGGACACGCCAGAGCUUGGCUCUAGCACAGCCACAGUGCAAACAGGUACUCUAGGCUCCCGUAGCCCCCAGCACCGCCCGCGGAGAUGCCGCCUCAGCUGCAAAACGGCCUGAACCUUGCAGCCAAAGUGGUGCAGGGCACCCUGGACAGCCUGCCGCAGGCUGUGAGGGAGUUCGUGGAGAGCAGUGCCAAGCUGUGCCAGCCCGAGAGCCUGCACAUCUGUGAUGGCUCUGAGGAGGAAAACAGCCGCCUGCUGACCUUAAUGCAGGAGCAGGGCAUGAUCCGGAAGCUGGACAAGUAUGACAACUGCUGGUUGGCGCUCACUGACCCCAGGGACGUGGCCAGGAUCGAAAGCAAGACGGUCAUCAUCACUCGAGAGCAGAGAGACACAGUCCCUAUCCCCAAAUCCGGCCCCAGCCAGCUGGGUCGCUGGAUGUCGGAGGAAGACUUCGAGAAAGCCUUCAAUGCCAGGUUCCCUGGGUGCAUGAAAGGCCGCACCAUGUACCUCAUCCCUUUCAGCAUGGGGCCGCUGGGCUCACCGCUGUCCAAGAUUGGCAUUGAGCUGACCGACUCUCCCUAUGUGGUGGCCAGCAUGCGGAUCAUGACGCGCAUGGGCACACCAGUCCUGGAUGCCCUGGGUGACGGCGAGUUUGUCAAAUGCCUGCAUUCCGUGGGAUGCCCUCUGCCUCUGGAGAAGCCUCUGGUCAACAACUGGGCCUGUAACCCGGAGCUGACGCUCAUCGCCCACCUGCCUGACCGCAGGGAGAUCAUCUCCUUCGGCAGCGGGUAUGGCGGGAACUCAUUGCUCGGCAAGAAGUGCUUUGCUCUCAGGAUGGCCAGCCGGCUGGCUAAGGAGGAGGGCUGGCUGGCAGAGCACAUGUUGAUUCUUGGGAUCACCAACCCCGCCGGGGAGAAGAAGUACUUGGCGGCCGCAUUUCCCAGUGCCUGUGGGAAGACCAACCUGGCCAUGAUGAACCCCACCCUGCCAGGGUGGAAGAUUGAGUGUGUGGGGGAUGACAUUGCCUGGAUGAAAUUCGAUGACCAAGGAAACUUGCGGGCUAUCAACCCUGAAAAUGGUUUUUUUGGGGUUGCCCCGGGAACCUCUGUAAAGACCAACCCCAAUGCCAUCAGGACCAUCCAGAAAAACACCAUCUUUACCAACGUGGCCGAGACCAGUGACGGGGGCUUCUACUGGGAGGGCCUCGAUGAGCCGCUGGCCCCCGGCGUGAAGAUCACUUCCUGGAAGAACAAGGAAUGGAGCCCCCAAGAUGGAGAGCCCUGUGCCCACCCCAACUCACGCUUCUGCACCCCUGCCAGCCAGUGCCCCAUCAUUGACGCUGCCUGGGAGUCCCCAGAAGGCGUGCCCAUUGAGGGCAUCAUCUUCGGAGGCCGCAGACCUGCCGGUGUGCCCCUGGUCUACGAAGCUCUCAACUGGCAGCAUGGGGUGUUUGUAGGGGCAGCCAUGCGGUCGGAGGCCACCGCGGCUGCGGAGCACAAGGGCAAAGUCAUCAUGCACGACCCCUUUGCCAUGCGGCCUUUUUUCGGCUACAACUUCGGCAAAUACCUGGCCCACUGGCUGAGCAUGGCUCACCGCCCGGCGGCCAAGCUGCCCAAGAUCUUCCAUGUCAACUGGUUCCGUAAGGACCAGGAAGGCAGGUUCCUCUGGCCAGGCUUCGGCGAGAACUCGCGGGUGUUGGAGUGGAUGUUCAACCGCAUCAACGGCGAGGACAGCGCCCGGCUCACGCCCGUCGGCUACAUGCCCAAGGAGGACGCCCUGAACCUGAAGGGCCUGGGGAACGUUAAUGUCCAGGAGCUCUUCGCCCUCUCCAAGGAGUUCUGGGAGAAGGAGGUGGACGACAUUGAGAAGUACCUGGAGGAGCAGGUCAACGCCGACCUGCCCUGUGAAAUCGUGCAGGAGAUCCUGGGUCUCAAGCAGAGAAUAAGCCACAUGUAAGCACGAUUGUAGGCUGACCUUCCGAAAUGGAAGGUGACCCUGAGGCCGGGGAAGGCGAUCCUGCUGGGGGCAUGGCAUCCGCAGCACCCAGGAGCAGGCCCGCAGGGCACAUGCUAGUUUUGCAAAAGGGGAACCCCAGAGCACAGGCUGGUAGCCAGUGAGAGCGGGCAGAAGAUCUCAGCACAUCUCCAAGAUUCACCUCCAAUGCGUGUUUUUGUUCAAGGUCACUCAGUCAUUUAGAUUCUUAGCUUCUCACUUCGGCUCUGUCGGCUAGCUAGCAUGCACAGAAAAUAUACUUGAGCUGUACAUAUUGGA